AUGGAUCUUUCCAACAGAGCUGCCUACCUUGUUAGUCCCAAUGGGCCCACCAUUGAAGUCAGAUCGGCACCUGUUCCAACACCUGGCCCAAGGGAGCUGCUUAUCAAAACACACGCUGUCGCGAUCAAUCCAGUCGAUGGAGUGAAGCAGUCCAUGGGAAACAUGAUGUUCGAAUGGCUCAAGUAUCCUCUCAUCCUCGGUUACGAUGUCGCUGGCGAGGUCAUCAAGACGGGUCCUGAUGUUAGUCGAUUUAAAGAAGGCGAUAGAGUGGUGGGAGUCACAGCAGGUAUGGACAAGCGAGGAAGAAGUCCCGACGAAGGCGCGUUCCAAGAAAUAUGCAUCUUGCGAGAACACUUGACCGCUCGAAUUCCAGAACGUAUUACCUCUAUCGACGCCAGCGUUUUGCCUCUGACUUUCGUCACGGCUGCAUGCUCUUUAUUCCAGAAAGAUCAGCUGGCACUGCAACUACCUCAAAUCAAGGCAAAGCGCAGUGCUACAGGUCAGACAGUCUUGAUUUGGGGAGCAAGUACAAGUGUUGGGAGAAACGCUGUACAGCUUGCUAUCGCGGCUGGCUAUGAUGUUAUCGCGACAGCAUCACCCAAGAACUGGGAUAUCGUACGUGGUCUUGGCGCUUGUGCAGUUUUGGACUAUAACAGCCCAUCGGCCAUAAACGACGUGGUAUCUGCUUUCAAGGACAGGAAAUGCGCAGGUGCUGUGGCCAUAGGCCAAGGGUCAUUGACAAAAUGCGUCGACAUUGUCAAAAGCGUUCCAGGAGCCACCAAGAAUGUUGCGCAAGUCACCCUUUCAAUGCCCGAAUCGCAACCAACGACUAUGCUCUCCAUGAUUCCGUUUGUCGCAAAGUAUUUCUGGAUGACGGGCACUGAUCGCCUCAAGGUCCUGAGCAGUGGAGUUCAAAGCAAGUUCGUUUUUGGCACAGAUAUAAUCGAAUGGGAUACUAAGGGAAAGAUGGCUUCAUUUUUGAGUGAAGCAUUGGAGCUUGGAGAGUAUGAGUUGAGUUCAGAAGCUCAAGUACUCGAGGGCGGUUUGGAUAGAAUUGCCCAGGGACUGGACAUGGUUCGCGGAGGAACUAGUGGUACAUCCACAGGGAAUAAAAGACUCGAAUUAAGAAAAGUACCCACGAACUGGACAGACAAGUUCUUCAAGGAUGUCAUUGCUGGUCCUGGUGCCACGCCUUGCGACACUUACACGCCGCCUAUGGCUUUUUGCGUUCACGUACAGAUCGCCAAUAUGUUCAGCGCGUUCCACAAACUCUGGAUGAAGAACAUCAAUUUCAGCAUAAAGCAGUUAUCAAGCGGCAUCAAGGAUAUUGUCAAGGAGUAUGGUGAUCCUCCCAAGGAUGACCGCAGCAUGCUUCUCAAUAUGAUGGUUGGUAUCCUCACCUCAGGUCCAGUCGGAAAAGAAGAAAGGUUGUCAGAGGAUGUCUGCCGUAACAAACUGCCUGGGUGUAUUUGGCAUGACGACAAAUGUGUUUGUUUCGGAAAGAGCACUAUCAGAUACCCUGGUAAGAAUCGACAAUAUGACCCUCUUUCCCGAUCCGAAAUCGAAGAGAUGAAGAAGAUUGUGGAUGAUUAUGAGGCUGCUCUCAUCAACAACUACGAGUGCGACAACGGUAAACCUUCGAUUCCCAGCUCAAAGGACUUCAACAUCAAGAACCCUAUCCAGUACCCCAAGUGCUUCAUUCCCUUGCACAAGCUCACUGAGGACGAGCCUUUCCACUGUAACAUUCCUCAGGACCUUUGGUAA